UGCUCCAGAAGGGAGCUGCUCCACUUUGCUCUUUCUCUUUAUGGAGAGCAGCAAGUCAAAAGGGGGAUGUGGCAUGCCCUCCUCACCCAGCCUGGACGCUCCUUUCAAGAGCUUGGACCAACCGUACGCAGAGCUUCAUCGCAGCGAGAGCAUGCAGGAGAAGAACGUGAAAGAAGCCAAAACGAAGUGUCGAACCAUUGCGUCCCUGCUGACAGAUGCCCCCAACCCCCAUUCCAAGGGUGUCCUGAUGUUCAAAAAGCGUAGGCAGAGGGCCAAGAAGUACACCCUGGUCAGUUUUGGGAGUGUUGACGAAGACCGUUGCUAUGACGAAGAGGACGGUGUCUUCCCAACCAGUGAGUCAGAGUUUGAUGAGGAAGGCUUCUCUGACGCUCGGAGCUUAACCAAUCACUCUGACUGGGAUAAUACCUACCUAGCUAUUGAGAAACCCAAGGAACAGUCAAUGCAGGAUCAAACACAGCCUCAGGAGGGCCUCUGUGAAGCCUCAGGCAGGGGGGCACAGCUAUUUGAGCAGCAGAGGCAGAAGGCUGGUAGAUACACUUUGGAGAAUGUCUCUGCCCAGAAGGCCGAGGAGCAACUCCCAGCUCCAGCUGUCUCGCGAACACCCAGUGUGAGGAAUAGUGAAAUGCCUACUCUGCAGAGGGAAGAGAAGUCCCCACUGAAUGUCCGUUUGGAAGCUGUCCAAGUCUCCAGCCAGUGGCCCCCACCCAGCCCUGUUCAGCUCCAGUCUCCCACGGCCAGCUGUGGUGGAGGAGGUUCCCAGGUCCCUCCAGGUCCCACAGGGAUCUUCAACAGGUCUGCCCGGCCUUUCACGCCUGGUUUCUCUGGGCAGCGGCCUGUGACCUCCUCUGUUGUGUUCAGACCAUCCAUGCCGAGGAAGAACAAAGAGGGCCAAGGCGGACAGAGAACAGUUGUGCCUCCUUUCUCCACUGUCUCUCUAGGGACCACCAUACUUCCUCCCACUCCAUCAGCAGUGCAGCCAACCAGCCCAGCGAGCACUUUGGUGUCUCUCUAUAUCCCAACCGUGCCAACCCCUCUGCAACCAACAGUAACACAUUUCCAAAGUGGAAAUCCAGCAGAAGCUAAGCCAUCUCCCAACACAGCAAGAACCUCCACUGCUUCCAUAUACCUGUCCCAUCCGUCCAGACCAGCCGAAGAUGCAGCCACUCCGAAGUCCCCGCCACAAGCUCAGGGGACAGCUUCCUCCUCUUUGUACAUCAGCCCCAUCCCACCACAGCCUAGCCAGCCUCCAGUCCAGCUCCCCACCGCGACAGCCCCAGCCACUCCACGGCCUGCUUCUGAGCCUCUCAUCUCCAGGGAGCAGAGGAUUGCUGUGCCAGGGCCCCGGACAGGCAUCUUGCAGGAAGCCCGUCGGCGGAGCAGCAAGAAACCCAUGUUCAAGUCAGCAGAGGAGAAGAAAAAGAAUUCUCCUAACCCAGAGCUGCUCUCCUUGGUGCAGAACCUGGAUGAAAAGCCCAAAGGUGACCAGCAUGGGGCAGGCUUUGAGUCGGGGCCAGAGGAAGACUUCCUCAGUCUUGGGGCAGAAGCCUGCAACUUCAUGCAGUCUUCUGCCCGCAAGUUCAGGAACCCGCCCCCAGUAGCUCCUAAGCCCCAGCAACCAAAGACCUCUGGCGGGCUGGUGAACGGGUCGUCUCCCGCACACGACAUCUCAUGUCUGAAAGGGAAAGGGGCAGAGCUCUUCGCCAAGCGGCAGAGCCGUAUGGACAAGUUUGUGGUGGAAGCAGCGCCAACACCAGCCCCGAAGCCCCGGAGCCCAUCCCCUACUCCUUCCCUGCCUUCCUCUUGGAAGUACUCCUCCAACAUCCGUGCCCCACCUCCCAUCGCUUACAACCCACUGCAUUCCCCAUUCUAUCCCUUGGCAGCCGGCAAGUCUCAGGCCAGCAAAGCAGACAGCAGAGUGAAAAAGGCCCCUAGCCAGAAGUCGGGGAUCAAGGCCAUUGAUUUCCUGCGGCACCAGCCUUACCAGCUCAAGUCUGCCAUGUUCUGUUUUGGAGAGAUUCCCGGCUCUGCUGCCCAGGCUUCCACGGCCCAGCCGGCCCAGCAGUCCCGUUUGUCUUUCACCCCAGCCAAACAAGCCCCCGUCAAGACCGCCAGGACCUACGAGGUCCGUCGCUUCUCCACACCUGCCCCCGUGCCAACUUCAAGCAACCUGGCCCCUACAGUGUUGGCCCCCCGUUCUGCUACCACCUUGGAUGAGCCAAUAUGGAGGGCAGGAAGGGCCUCCACGUCUGCACCCGUCUCCCCAGGGCCCUUUCAGGUGACUCCCACCCAAUAUCAAAGCUCUCCUGAACUCAGCCAGGCAGGCAGGGAGGGCUCCCUAAAUCCACCCUCGUCGUCUUCCGGUUUCCAAGCAGCCCGGCCCAGGUUCUCUGCUGCCCAGACUGGGAUGCAGGCUCAUGUCUGGAGACCAGGUUCUGGCCACAAAUGACGGAAGACUGGACCUCCACAUGUCCACACAUCAUGCUGUUGUUUUUAGAUGUAUACCCAAGGUAUCUUUCUAGGUGUACAUCUAAAAAUGUAAGCAUAACAAACAGGUGCUUGGAAUAACACUUUAUCAUACAGGUGCACACACAUCAGAGAGUCAGGAUUGGCUGUGGCUCACUGUUGGACGUACAUUUGGUGACAAACCCAGGUUUGCUACUGCAUAAUUUAUAAACUGGCCUCAUUAGAAUUCUUCUGAACCCCCUGCCUUUCUAAGCUGAAGUCCUGUAAAUCAGGACAACCAAAGCCAAAUGGGGAAGAAAAUUUCCUAAAUUCCUCAUUCUCUGGUCCCUCCAUUUUGGGGCUUGCAACAUUUCCAAGAGAUUUAAUCGUUUAUCUGCGGGGGGGGGGUUUACUGAAAAUAGCAUCACAUGGCUGAAGAUUCAUAAUUGCUCAGAGUCAAAUCCAGUGUCACAGGGGCCCAGCAGGAAGCCAACAACCCUCCAAAGAGAAAUAGCAGAAUAAUGGAUAAAACCUAAAACCCCAAAGCACCCUGCAGCGUCUGCCAGCUUACACCAGUAGCAUUCAGACAGUAUUCCGGGGGGGGGAUCUGGGGGCCUCCCAGAAGUUCGCGAUGUGUCCUUGGUACAGUAGAGUAAUGGGAGGGCAAGUUUUCCUGCCCUGAAGGACAGCCGGCCCACCACUCCUGGAAUGUGCAGCAGAGGGGAGCUCUCAGCUUGCACCCGGCAAUGUCUUUGAAGCCUCUCUGUUUGUCCAGGUGAUGGGGGUGCAGGGGAUCACUUGGCAGGACAGGGGUUGGGUGCAGAACCUUCCAGGCACCUAUCAAUUCUCUGCUGCUGCGGUGCUUCGGUGUUUAUAGGGUUAACAUGGCUAUGGGGACAUUUGUAAGGGAGACCUAGAGCCAUGCCUUCAUCGUCCCCAGGUUGUACCCCUGCCCUCUUGCCACGAAGCAGCAAACGAAGUCACUGCUUCCUGUUGGCCUCAUGAGAUGUAGUUCUGUGUCCUGCCUAAGAUCAUCUUGUGCCGGAAUCCUCUGCAACGCGCAUACUCACGCACACACACACACAUCACGCAUGGUUUCCUCAACAAGCAAGACAGAACUACUGACGCA